CAGGGAAGCAGAAGAGUGGCAGGGUCAGGGCGCUAGGUUCCUAAGGAACAGCGAUGCAGAACAGAACUGGCCUAAUUCUCUGUGCUUCUGCCCUCCUGACGGGUUUCCUGAUGGUCUGCCUGGGGGCCUUCUUCAUAUCCUCUGGCUCCAUUCACAACUGUUGGGAGAGACUGAUCAUGGCCUAUUUGCUUCUGCCUCUGGGGUUUGUGAUCCUGCUGAAUGGAAUGUUCUGGAGCACCUACUGCCAGGCGAGUGAGAGCAAAAGGGUGUUCAGCCAUGUGCUCAGACAGCAUCUUGCUCAUGGGGCCCUGCCCCUGGCCACAGUGGACAGGCCAGACUUUUACCCUCCAGCUUAUGAAGAGAGCCUUGAUGUGGAAAAGCAGAUUUGUCCUGCAGAGGGAGAGGCCUCUGAUCUUCCUCCACCUCUGUAUACAGAGAUGGGCCUGGAUUUCCAGGAUGAUAACGAUGGCCACCCAGAGGCCCCGCCAUCCUACUCGGAGUCCAUAGCUGAUCUGGCAGCUGCAGCAACCUCAGAGGAUGCCCAGAGGCAAAGCCGAGGGGAAGAUCUCCAGCACUCAUCAUGGCCCCUGUGA